UUCCCCCUCCCUCCCCUUUCUGUGGACCACACCCUUGCAUGCGGGCAUUUGAGCGUCUCGCUUGCUUUACGGCCGUACCGGAUUUCCUGAUAAACAUCCACCUACCCCUCCCAAAUAGCUGAGUCCUGGUGACACCCAAUUGACAAUUUCGUAUCUGCCGAAUCUUGUCCUGUCGAACGAGCCCCGGGGAGCCAAAAUGAACGUCAACAAGAAACUCGAUCGUUUCAAACAAUGGGCCGGAGAACGGAUGGGCGGAGAGGUGAAGACCAACGUCUCCGAUAACUUCAAAGCCCUGGAGACGGAAAUGAAUGUUAGGCAUGAUGGAAUGGAACGCAUUCAAAAGUCAAUGACAGCCUACGUCAAAGCUAUUUCCAAACGCAGCGAAGGAGACGAUAAAGAAAAGACCUUGCCGGUUGCACACUUGGGUAGCAGUAUGGUCAGCCAUGGAGAGGACUUUGAUGCGAACUCAGAUUUUGGCCAGGCUCUCCUCAUGUUCGGAAAGUCCCAAGAACGCAUCGCUCGUGUUCAAGAGGGCUAUAUUUCCCAGUCUUCUUCGACCUGGCUGGAAGCCCUGGAGAGAUCGUUGGCUCAAAUGAAGGAUUAUUAUAGCUCUCGCAGGAAGCUGGAAAGUCGUCGUCUGGCCUACGAUACCUCGCUCUCGAAGAUGCAAAAGGCAAAGAAGGAGGAUUUCCGGGUGGAGGAAGAGCUGCGAACCCAGAAAGUGAAAUAUGAAGAAGCCAACGAGGAUGUCUACCGACGGAUGCAGGAUAUCAAGGAUUCUGAGACAGAGAACCUGGCGGACCUAACGGCAUUUUUGGAGGCACAGCUGACCUACCAUGAACGCUGUUGCGAAGUGCUUAUGCAGUUGAAAAAUGAGUGGCCUUCUGGGAGUGCCCCCAGUCAGUCCACCGGCAGUCGUCGGACCGGACGUCCUCGAUCAAACACUGCGCAUUCUUACCACGAGCGGUAUGAACCUUUGCAUGAAGAGCCACCUGCUCAAGUAGUCGAGCCGAGACCCAUUAUCCGAUCACGUCAGCCCUCAGCGCACCCGGCCGAAUCUCCUGCCAGAGACUCAUAUCAAGGCGAUUCCCCAAUGCGACGUCCGUCGUUCAACCGAGCGCCGACGUUCGAGGGACCCACGCAGUUACGGCAGGAGCAAGCGUCUGCAUCGCCGACCUGGCAUCGGUCAACGAGUGACACCUUCCCUGUUCGCAGAAGCCAGUCACAAGCUCGACCCAUCAGCCGCGUUGACCCGUACCUAGACUGGCUCGGCAUCACCAUCCUCGUCGCACAUCUUGUCUCGGGCAUCCAGCGCGACAGCACUUAGAGCCUCGUCAGGGUUGGCAAAGAAAGGUCCUCCCCCUCCUCCACCAUCUCGCGCCAAGAAGCCUCCACCGCCGCCUCCUAUGAAGCGAUCGUUGAUCGGCGCUGGAGAUGCAUGAGUAAUGCUUUUUUUUUUUACCUUUGCAUCGUACCUUUGUACUUUCGAGCCAGC